AGCCAAUCGUUGAGAAUACUCGUUCGUGCCGGUGUGAAUGCCCAGCCCUCAUCAGACUACUGAGGACAAAGGACAUUGGCGGGAUGAGAGGGAUGACUCAGUACAAAUGGGGAGGGGAUGCUGGCUCGUCGAGCAGCUCAACCCUUUUCAGUGUAGAGGUGCCUCAUGGGAGCCUCAGUAGUCUCCCACCCUGCAUCGUCAUUGACAAAUUCUGAAGAAUGCACAAGGGUUUGCAGCGAUCCGAUCCAGGCAGAGGAGGAGUCUGAAGCAUCAGUUAACCAGGGAGAUGAGCCCGUGAUACAUGAGAACUCAGGCAUCUCCACGGUGUCUCUGCAGGUGUCCAUGGUGAGUGGGGAUGCUGAACUGCGAAAGGAACAACAGCCCGCCGAGCAGAUGAUGGAGCAAGGGAUUUAUGGGUGUCCAGAUGCAAAGGAUUCGGAGAGCAUGCAUGAUCCUGCUGCUAAUCAAGUGGAGCUGGAGCAGGAGGAAUCCCUGAAGUUGAUGUUAACAGCGGAUGGCGAUGUGGAGGAAAGCAAUCGCCACAGCGCCAAACGUGCUAGAAAGAAUUUCUGA